CAGACGAGAAAGGACCUGCAGAAGACACGCAUGCUGUAAACGGCCUGACUGGAUAAAGUUUUUCUCGUGAGGAUCUUAAACAAACAAUAGCGUCAGUGAUGAAGACUCCAUUAGUGCUGAUCUCUGCAGCACUUUUGGCGCUGCUGCUCAGCCCACCGAGAAGUACAGAUGCUGCCACUUUUCAAGGCGCGUUCCCACACCCAAACAAAUACAACCCAAACGAAUCGGAUAGAUGCCAACAACCUGCCAUCAGUGGACUAAUCUCCCGCGGGCCGGGGACUGUCACCUCAACAGACGAAGUGCUGGAGUCCAGUCAGGAGGCGCUGCACGUCACGGAGCGCCGGUACCUGCGGCUGGACUGGUGCAAGACGCAGCCGCUGAAGCAGACCAUCCAGGAGGAGGGCUGCCUGAGCCGCACCAUCAUCAACCGGUUCUGCUACGGACAGUGCAACUCCUUCUACAUCCCGAGACAUAAUUACCAGGACGGGGGCGCCUUUCAGUCCUGCUCUGCGUGCAAACCCAAAACCUUUAGCACCGUCACUUACACACUGUUCUGCCCGGGUCAGACGCCCAACACCAGGAAGAAACGAGUCCAGCGCGUGAAGCAGUGCCGCUGCACAACAAUAGACACGGAUUAGACGCGCGUCCGGAUCGAUAUUGUCCGCUUCCACUGGAGGAAAAAUGCAGCUUUGCCAAAAUAAAGAACGGAAACUGUAUUUUGCUGAAAGGACACAUGAGAAUAAAGAGGAAAUUGGAAAAGAGGGACGUUACCUCAGCCUUUUUUAUCAUUAUUAUGAAGAGAAGAUGCUGAUAUAGGGUUGGGCAAUAUGGAAAAAAAUACAUAUCAUGAUAUUUUUGGCCAAAUACCGCAAUAUCUAUAUUGUGACGAUAUUGUAGGGUUGACUUUUAGUGCUUUAAAAAAAUAUCUAUCAAUGAGAUUUUUUGAUAAACAAUUAUCAGUCAUGUUGUUAUUAUGAAUAAGUUGGCAAAGACAA